AUGGGUUUAAUUCCUCAACCACAACAAUCAAUCGAAGAAUCUCAUUACUAUACCCACAAAUUCUUCCUUUUCUCGAACUACAUCCUCCUCGGUGCAUCCUCGAGUUGCAUCUUCCUCACACUCUCUCUCCGCCUAAUCCCUUCGCUCUGCGGUUUCUUCCUCAUCCUCCUCCACGCCACCACAAUCGCAGCCGCAGUCUCCGGUUGUGCAGCUGCUUCCUACGGUAAGAACCGGUGGUACGCAGCACAUAUGAUUGCAACUGUCCUCACUGCUAUUUUCCAAGGAUCAGUCUCUGUUCUCAUCUUCACCAACACUUCGAAUUUCCUUGCGAGUCUUAACUCUUAUGUUCGUGAAAAAGAAGCGUCUAUGAUCUUGAAGUUAGCUGGUGGGCUAUGUGUUGCGAUCUUUUGUCUUGAGUGGAUCGUUCUUGUUCUUGCUUUCUUCUUGAAGUACUAUGCUUAUGUCGAUGGUGGUAACAACAAUGGAGUUGCUAUGAAGAGGACUGGUAAGGUUCAGAGUGAUGAGACUUUCAAAGAUUCGCCAUGGACGUUGCAAGUUUGA